AUGGGGCUCCUCGGGCGGAGGCCGUGGCUGCUGCUCCUCGCCCUCGUUUCUGCGGCCGUCGCCGUCGUCGUGGAAGCCUCCGAGGGCGACGCUGAUCCGCUCUACAGAGCUUGUGUGGCAGGAUGCCAAAAGACAGGCUCCCUGAAGGAAACUUCAAUCAAACACUGUAUGGUGCCAGCCGAUGGCCAACCUGCUGACAAAUCAUGGUACACGCACGAGCCACUGUACUUGCAAUGGAAGGACUGGAACUGCAAGAGUGAAUGUAGAUACCACUGUAUGAUGGAAAGGGAGAAUGAAAGGGCAAAGCUUGGCCUUCAGCCUGUUAAGUAUCAUGGAAAGUGGCCUCUGAAGCGUGCCUCUGUGUUUCAGGAACCUUUAUCUGCAUCUCUCUCUGCUCUCACUCUUGUUGUGCAAUUUCAUGGGUGGCUAUCGUUUUUCCUCUUGCUUUAUUAUAAGCUUCCUCUACGGCCAGAAACUCAAAAGACAUACUAUGAAUACACUGGCUUGUGGCACAUUUAUGGGCUGCUUGCCAUGAAUUCAUGGUUCUGGAGUGCCAUAUAUCACAGUUGUGACACAACUUGGACAGAAAAGCUAUAUUUUUCAUCAGCAGCUGCCUUUCUGGGGUAUUCUCUCAUUUUGGCAAUCCUGCGGACUUUAAAUUUAAGAGACGAAGCUUCUAGAGUUAUGGUUGCCGCUCCUAUUCUGGCUUUUGUGACAACCCACAUUCUAUACCUCAACUUCUACGAACUUGACAAAGGUCUGAACAUGAAGGUUUGUAGUGUGAUAAGCAUUGCUCAGUGUCUCCUAUGGGCACUGUGGGCUGUGAUGACUCGGCAUCCUUCACGGCUGAAGAUCAUAUUUGUUGCCAUGGGAGGUGCGGCUGCAGUACUUCUGGAAGCUUAUGACAUUCCUCCGCGAUGGGGAUAUGUAGAUGGCCGUGCUAUCUGCCUUGCUGUGGCUAUCCCCCUGUCGUUCCUUUGGUGGAGCUUUGCCAAGGAAGAUGCUGAGAUGCGAACAUCAGCUAUCCUGAAGAAGACACGAUAA